AAUCAAUAUCAGUUUAUUGUGUGAACUCUCUCCUCUUGGCGGUGCCAUCCACUUCCCAAUCGCGCCUGUCUUCUUCCUCCCGCUACAAUUCUCUCCCUUUUCUUUCUUUCCCAUUCCCUUUAUUUGCUUUCUUGAUCUUGCUGCUUUCUCCCUUAAUCUUUUUGUCUUUUAAAAUUCGAUUAUAGAUUAGAUUUUGUGGGUUGAUUUGUCUGGGUUGCUUCCUUUUUUUUCUUUUAAUUUGUUAUCUGUUCAUCUGAUUUCUUCGAUUCGCAUUGACCCUUUUAAGGAAUUUGUGUGAAUCUAAAAUUUUGACUGUUUUCCGAUGAGGAGAGGCCGAGUUUCCGCCAACGUAGCUGAGAAACCGGCAGUAGAAAACAACGGAUCUUUAAAAGAACCAAGAUACAGAGGGGUUAGGAAAAGGCCGUGGGGAAGAUUCGCGGCCGAGAUUAGAGACCCAGUGAAAAAGACUCGAGUUUGGCUAGGCACUUUCGAUUCGGCGGAAGACGCCGCUCGAGCCUACGAUGCGGCCGCGAGACAACUCCGUGGACCUAAAGCGAAAACAAAUUUUCCCGUAAAUUCCUCUAAUAUCGCAGCUUUCGCCGACGACGGCCGCCGGUUAUAUCCGGUGGGUGAUUUUGAAGACCCGGUAGUGAACCCGCAAAGACCGACGAGGAGUAGCAUGAGUAGCACGGUGGAAUCUUUUAGUGGGCCGAGACCGGCUCAAGUACCGCCACAGAAGUCGACGGAUUUCGCGGCGGUUUCGACCAGGAAGUAUCGUCCGAGGACGCCGCCUUUGGCGCCGGAGGAUUGUCACAGCGACUGCGAUUCGUCGUCGUCGGUCGUUGAUGAUGGGGUUAUCGCAUCAUCUUCACGUCGGAGAAUGUUGCCUUUUGAUCUCAAUUUUCCACCGUUGGAUGACGCUGAUGAUCUCCAGUGUACUGCUUUAUGUCUUUGAUCACGAUGAUGAUGAUGAUGAUAAAUUAUUAAUUUUCCCUUUUUUUUUCUUAAAAAAGGAAAAAGAAAAAGAAAAAGAAAGAACACAAGACAUGAUUGAUGAAACUGGUCCUAAUUCGUAUUUGUAUGAAGCCUGGCUUUGAUUUUUAUCACAUAAUGAUGAACUUUGUUGUUAGAA